CUCAUCGUAAAAUGUCGUGGCCAAGUUCCAUUGCGUAUUUGUGUUGCAUCAUUUUCAUGGUAAAUGCUUUGCAUCCGACUAAGAAUUACUGCGAUGUUCGUUUAUGCCCAGCUAACCUCAAGCAUGUGGCCUGCGGAAUGAAUCCAUAUUCCUUCGACGAAACAUGUAGCAUCGAUGCUGAGGUCAUCGCCAUGACUAAUAAAAUUCGUGUCUUUAUAAUAAAACGUAUGAAUGCACUGCGCAACAUGGUAGCAAAAGGUGGAUUUAAUGGCUUUAGUGCAGCAGCCAAUAUGAGCACUGUCGUGUGGGAUAGGGAACUGGCCUUUCUUGCAGAGAUGAAUGUCCGCAAUUGUUAUUUGCACUAUGAUCCUUGCCGCAAUACGGAUAAUUUUAAGAAUGUCGGGCAGACCGUAGCCUAUCGUGGAUUCAGGGGCUCAAUACCCGAUUUGGACGAUAUUUUAUACACACAACUUCAAUUAUGGUUUAUCGAAGAGAAAAACGCGACGAUGAACGACAUCGCACAAUACAGGAACCCAUAUGGUAAUCCCUGGUUGAACUUUAUGCAUCUUGUGCAUGACAAGGUCCAGAAAGUGGGUUGCGCGGUUCUACAACAGUCAAUAAAUGGAUGGCUGCAAACAUUUUUCACCUGCAACUAUGAUCAUGCGCCCGUUGUGGGCCAGCCGGUCUACCAUCAGAGUCUCAACCCUGGAGAAUCCUGCAAAUCUGGUACAAAUCCAACCUACGCAAGUCUUUGCUCUGUAAAAGAGAGCCAGCUCAGGGUAGCUGCAAAUGCGACAAAGAAGAAUAACAAAGGAACUAAACCCCAGCGAGGUGUAUUAAGUCGUAGAAGUAACCCCGAUGAGGCAGCUAUAAAUAAUACAAUUCCUGACGGAGAGCAAAACAAUGGCAGCAUGCUGAAUCCUGGGGAACGGACAAAUAAAACUGUUAAUGACGUUGAAGAUGAUACCCAAAAUGAUGGUGACUUACCAAAUGAUGUUUCCGCUACUAAUGACUAUUGGCGGAAUAAGUUCCUCCGAUUUUCAGAGAAUGUGAAAAAAGCGUUGAGAAAGGGCAAAGAUCGCAACGUUGUCAUGUUAACCAUGAACCAUGAAGUCGACAUUGACAAGUUACCAAAAAUGGAUUUCCACGAUGCAAUACUGCGCACGCGCGAAAUACAUAUUCAGAAUGCUAUCGAGAAUCGCGUACUGCCAAUUCGCAAUCGUGGCAUUUCAUCUAGAACAUUUGUUUCAGGACCCAAGGUCAUAUUAAGAACCCAAAAAGCAAAGCACCACAGCAGAGGUGUGGCUAAAUGGCGUACAGUUCGCCGCUAACAGCGUUAUUUGAAUUCUUAAAAAUUCGGAAAAAAUUCUAUGAGGUUUGUAUCCCA